UAAUCCAUUAUAAUUGACAUUUCAAUUUGCCAGAAAGCAACCAAAAAGUGCAGAUUGUUUUGUUAUUGAUUCUAUUCGGAAAGCAUGCAUACGGAUCUAUCGCCUCACCUGCAUACAUCCGAAUGCAACCAACUAAUCGAGCAGCUCAAUAAUUGUCACUCAGAGAACAAAUUCAGCAAGUUUUUGGGAGUCUGCAACGACAUUGAUUCUCAACUAGUGAAGUGCCUCAACCGUGAACGUCAGGCUCGUGCUGCAGCUAAUCGCGUCAAAGCGGCGGAACGACAAACGCGCAUAAGGGAACGUUUGGUUUCUUCAUAGCCGUCUGCGUCCUUACACAUCAAAAUACACCACCAUCCCAAUAUUCAUGAACCCGACAGAUCCACUGCUACCCUACUACUAUGAACACGAUCCCCAAAUCAUUGGCGGCAUUAAAGUGCCGCCCAUAACUGAUGAUUGGGUUGAAAAUUACCCCAGUGUCGUUGACCGUUUUUUUACACGCUACUAUUACAUCAAAGAAGGCGCAGAACCAGCGCCUUAUCAAGUACUCUUUCAUUCAAAUCGUGUUUGCUUAAUUUGCUUAGCUCCGGAACAUCCAGCAUUAAAAGCGGGCAUUAAAUCAUUGACCUUUGAUAUUGGAAAUACGGAUCGCAGCAAAAAUACGGUGAAAGGAAAAGGUAAGAAGGGCGGUAUGGUGCUGCAGCAUGACUCAACAUUAGCAAUACUGACCACAGAGCAGGACAAAACCUAUAAGAUACCCAGUUGU